UCCAUUCCAUUUGUUAUUUUUUUUGGUUUAAAUAAUAAUUAAUAAUUGUUAUAUUAUCCUUUGUAGUCUUAGUACUAUGGUAUCACUGUGAACUGCGUGAGCAUUUCACGUCAUUGUAUUAUAAUAUUUCCCUUCGAUCAUUAGCCAAAGCAAUACGGGUUGUUGUACGUCCGAUUGGGGGCCUCCGAGCCACAAAAAUCUCUUUACACUAUUUUUCUGUAUAAAUAUCUCUAUUCGCCAGCAUGGGCCAUGAAGACGUGGGUAUCGUUAAUAUUUUUGUCGCAUGUGAUAUUUUCCUAGUAUUCUAAUACUCUAUGGUCUAUACUUCGAAAUGUAUUACAAUGUCUAAUUCGUAGAGAUUUGCUCAUCAGUCACCAUUAGGUUUUUGGCCUUUGCUCUCGGACAACACAAUACACACAGUCAGACCGAUAUAAUAGAUUCCAGCGGUGCCCAAACUGUGAGGCGUGAACCAAAAAGGAAAUCUGGCAACGUCGUCUAAGCGGUUGGACUGGUUUGCUUUUUCCCCUCCACCAACCAAUGCUUUUAGGCACCGAAACCGUAAUGCUACAUCGCCUACAUCUACAUGCCUACUUAUUAGUUAUUAAUGAAUAAUUCGCGCUGCCUUCGUGCCGCGGUGGUAAACGGUUAUCUACGAUAGUUUUAAAAAAAGACUCUGAUUUUUCAAAUGUUCAUUAUUAUUUAUCAGUUAUUACUCAUUAGUCAUUAAUCCUUAUUACUAAUUAGUAAUCACCUAACACUUAAACAGCGUUUAGUCAUUGCCAAUUACUAUAUUCCUAUCCUCUAGUAGCAUUGGGAUUGUUAAUUAUAUAGUCGUUAAUCGUUAGAUCUUAGUUCGCCUAUGAUCUCUGUCCUAUAGCCUUUGGUUUAGCUUCUUGAAGUCUGGAGGUAACUCAAAUUUUGUAUUGAAAAUUACGUUAUUGACCAAUCACGUACGAUUUCGAAUUUUUUUUCGCUGUCAUUGUAAUAUAAUAUCACGAGUUUUUUGUUGACUGUAGUUCGUUCACACAAUGACGAACACGUCCUUACCAAUAAAAUAAUCGUCUUGGUUUAAAACUUCGACAAGAGUCGACUCUUUGUUAACAGACGCCCAUGCUUUUUUUUUUUUUUACCUAUAAUUGUUUUUUUUCAUUUAUUACUUCUGCACAGAAACUUAAUUUUUAUUCUACUACUGGAAUUUAGUGAAGGUAAAGUAUGCGAAUUAAUUACGUUUAUACUGUUUAAAAAUGUAAUCAUAAAUAUUUGAACGUGUGAUGUCGGUACCUACUGAUUUGUAGUGUAACUGUGAGCAUGCCUGGCAUUAUUUUGUUUAAUUACUUAAAAUACCCAUGUAAUAAUUAUAAUCGGGUAUUCCUUUGAUACACAGAGUGCAACAAAAGUCGGUUCUUUAAUUUACACAACAAAUAUUUUAUUAAUAUUUAUUAAUUACAAAGAAUCACUUGUUUAUACUUGAACUGAUGACCAUCUUUUUCGAUGCAACUGCAACGAUGAGAACCCACAGAACAGUAUAAUUAUAAGCAGUUUUUUGAUAACAAGACAAGCGAGAACCAACUUAUGCUGUUAUUGUGUUGGAACAACUUUGGGCCAUGAAUAUUUUGACAAAUAUGGCUCCUAAGAAAUCUGCAUUUUUUAUUUUCUUAGCUUCUUAUAGAGAUGAUGAAAUUAAAAAUGGAAGAAAACCUUCCAACUUUCAACAAUUAAGAACUGAAUUAACACCUAUAUGGAAUAAUAUGACUGUUAUGGAAAAAAAUAAAUUCAAAGAUCUUGCUAAAAAAUAUAAUUCAAAUUUUAAUAAAGAACAGCCAUUGCUACAGAUUAGUGAUCAACACAAAAACAGCUAUGAUUUUUGGAACAUGGAGAAAUAUAUAACUGAAAUGUUUGAAUGUAUACCUAACAAUCAGGAAUUAUUAAAUAAAAAGUUUAUUUUAUUGCACAUAAAUUGUCAUUCUCAUGAUGGAGAACAGUAUUAUUUUCCUGCUGAAAUAGCAGCACUAGAAUUCAAUUUAAAAAAUGGUAUUUUUCGCACGUAUCACCAAAUGAUUGGCAUUUCUAAAAUUUCCCCAAAAGGUUUAGCUGGAGGUAUGAGAGUAUAUGCUGACCAUUUUCAUCAAAUUAAUAGUUGGAAUGAUCAUCCGGAUGAUUAUCAGAAUAUAUUAUUAGAAUUUUCAACAUUUUUAAAGGAUGAACAAAUCAAUGAUACAGAUUUAAAAGAAGGCACUUUAAACUUACCAUAUUUAUUUACUAUACAAUCAGAAGUUGGUACAACUAACAUGAUGAAAGUUAAAAGUAGCUUGGAAAGAUUAUAUUCCAUAGCUUUCCCUGAAGUCAAAGCUGAACAUUGUAAGUCUAUGUUCAAAAUAGGAAGUAUUGAGCAAUUAUUGUUAGAAAUCAAAAAAAAAAUGAACCUUCAAUUGGACCAACAAAAUUCAAGAUUAGGAUUGUCAGUUACUAACAUUUUAGAAUCUGAUUUAUACGGGAAAGGUCUUGGUUGUCUAUACCACGAAUUAAGAGAAAUUUCAUUCAAAUGUUCCAAAGCUCGCAUUGUUCAAUGGAUGUCAAAUAUUUGCAUUCACAUAAAUACAUAUUUUAAUUUGAACCUUGUACCUGGCAGACACAUGGCAGCUCAAUUAGAUGAUGGUUCAAAAUUGAUGAUUGAAAAUGCACAUUUGCCUCUCACAGCAGCAGAUCUGAAAUUAACUAGAAAUACUUCCUAUGAUGAUUGAUCGCCCAACUCUAGUAUAUCAUCUACUCUUACACAAACACAAGAUUCUCUUUCAAAAGAUAAAGAAGAGGAUCUAGUUUGAAGAAUGGUCAUGCAAUUAAACUAUUAAUUCAACUAUUAUGUAAUUUUGUUUAAAAUUUUUAAAUGUAAUUUAUUUAGUUGUAGUCUUAAGUAUUUCCUGUGUAAUAGUAAAAACAUUUCUGAUUUAAUGAUAAUUAUCUUGCACAUAAGAUAUCAAUUUAAUUUUUUUUUUUA